CUACAUAUCUCGCAAAAGUACAGUUCCCAGUAUUGCCUAGCAUUGAGCCAGGGCAGUUAAAGCGGUCUCACAUUGGAUGAUUUCUGCAGUGUGUUUUGGAUCUUAGUCGAUUAAAUGUCGCUGUUUCGCAAAACAAGAUGCCUGCCCAGAGGAAAGGGGUUGGGAAGGGAAGCAAGGCCCCUACAAUUUCCAGAAUGGAAAAAGCUCCUCCCAGUCUCCCUAUAUUUAUUAUUUGUGCUUCUCCUGCUUAAUAUAUGCUUUUCAGGGCAUUUACAAAUCUUCCCUCUACCACAAGAGAAAAUGACUACAUCUUGUCUUGCAACAAGAGUGGAAACUUGGCUUUCCUCUACUUGGCAUGUGAAGGUUCCAGCGCAGUGGCUAGAAGCUUGCAUUGACUGGAUUCAACAAGAAAAUGGUGGUUUCAGUUUGGCUCAGGCUUCUCUUAAUAAGCAAGUUUUUGAGCAAUGGCUUUUUACAGAUCUCAGAGAUCUUGAAUAUCCUGUUCUUCCUGACUGCCUUUUAAAUUAUCCAAAAGGAGAACUGAAUGGCUUUUAUUCUAUACAGAUUGAUUCACUUGUUGAUGUGAGCCAACCUGCCUAUUCUCAGUUGCAGAAGUUAAGAGGGAAGAAUACUGUUAAUGAGGAAAUCACUGCUAAUACAGAAAGAAUUGUGAGAUCCUGGGAGGCAAAGCCUUCUCGAAUGUUAAUGUUGCAACUGACCGAUGGUGUACAUCACAUUCAAGGUAUGGAAUAUCAUUCUGUUCCUGUUCUCCACUGUGAUCUCCCUCCAGGUACAAAAGUUAUGAUACAAGGGAAUGUUGUAUAUCGUUUAGGUGUUCUCCUGCUUAAACCAGAAAAUGUGAGAUUGCUGGGAGGUAAAGUGGAUAGUCUUAUAGAGGAAAAUGCUAAGGAAAGAAUUCUUACUAGGCUACUUGGAGAAGGGGAUGAAAACAGUCCUAAUGGUGUUGUGUCAAAUAAUGGAGAAUGUGUGAUUCCACAACCUAUUGAUGAAAUUAGCCAAGGUCUGGGUCCUUCUGAUGAAGAGCUUCUGGCAAGUCUUGAAGAAAAUAACGAAUUAAUGAUCAGUGAAGCACCUGUUGAAAGUGGAUAUUGCACCAGAAGUACACGUUUAAAUUCUACCACAUAUUCUCUUCCUCCCAACACUGGAAACUACUUGCAACAAGGCUCUGCAGUGUUCACUGAAGAACAAAACAUACAAGGAGAUUUUGAUGAUUUUCCAUUAGAUGAUGAUUUGUUUUUAGUAGAAGAGAUCGAGCAAGAAGAGAGACAAGAUCCGAACAGAAAUAUCAGCGUAAAGAAUCAGCCUGCUGGAGAAAAAAAUCCAGGAGAAGGAACGUUUGCAUUUGUGGAAAGUACAAGAGAUUUCUCUACAAAACGUAAUGUGAAAUGCACUCAGAACUUGGAUGACUGCUUGGAAAGCAGAAGUAAUAAAGGCAAUGAAAAGUCCAGUAUCUCUAACAACAAAUUAACAGACAUUAAUGUGGAAUCACAACAGUCUUCUGAGUGUGUACAGGCCUACAAAAUAAAGAACAAAUGCCUUGCAGUUGGUUUGGAUACCCCUCCUUUUACAUAUUUAUCGUUGUUAUUAAGUAACAAGCCCAAGGAUAUUACAACUGUAAAAAUUAAAGCAUUUAUAGUAACUCUUACUGGAAAUCUGACAAGCAGCAAUGGUUUCUGGAGUGUUGCAGCAAAAAUAUCUGAUGGUACAGCUUUUCUAGAAGUUGAUUUUGCUGAUGAAAUACUAACAAGUUUGAUUGGAUUUUCAGUACCUGAAAUGAAACAAUUACGGAAAGAUCCUGUCCUAUUCCCAAAGCUUAAGGAGGGUUUACAGAAUUGCCAGAGAGAACUGAUAGACCUCUGUUGUUUGAUGACCGUUGAAUUUAAUCCCUCUCAGACAAAAGCAAGAGUAAUAAUUUUGCAAGAUAUUAAUGAAAAUGAUUUGAAUAAUCUAAAAAGACGCUUAUAUGUGUAACAUCUAAAUGUCAAUUUUGAUUGUAAUCCAAAGAAAAUUAAAUAGUCUUUGGUUAUGAUAUUUUCUAACUGCUGUUUACAGUUAGACAAAUUUAUUGGGGACACAGAAAAUGUUUUAAUAAUUUCUUUCACUUUUCUAUUUCCAAAGUUCUUAAUGCUUCCUAAAGGUAUCAGCAAAAUAAGGUUCAUAAUAAAUGCAAAUAAUAUAUUAUGGAGCACAUUCUCAAGAAUUUUACAGUUUAGAAUGACUGAAAAUAAGAUGAUUCAUAAGCAGUUAAAAUAGGCAAGUCAUACUUGUUCUUUACAUGUUUUCCUGCUGCAUUUAAGAUAUUUUUUAUCAUAUUGGUAUUUUCAUUUAUGCAUUUUGGAAAAUAAGAAAUAAAGGAAACUAUUCAUAAACAUAGUAGCCUAAUUUGACUAAGCUGAAAAGGUAACAAAUCAGACUCAGUUAUA